CCAAUGACUUUUGUGAUGUGAAGUGAAAACUCAAUGCACAAAUGAAAGCUAUGUGCAAUAUAAACUUUUCGAAAAUCAAUCUCAAAUCUAUAAGUGUUGCUUCGUAAUCAUGUGAAAAUAAUAGAAUUAAUUAAAUCCGGCGUGAUGUUUACCAAAAAAUCUCAUCAGGAUGUCAAAAAAUCGACUGUUAAAAUACAGGAUUCCAAAAAGGAUUCCACCACUAGACUUAAACAUUUAAAAAUCGUUUUAGAACAUUAUGAUGUGGAUGAAGCCAAAAAUUAUUUCGAAAAUAAUUUUAGCCAUGUGUAUUUCAUUUUAUAUGACAACUUUAUAUUAGCAGAGAAUAAUUUAAGACAAAGAGAACUUCCGUUUCACCUAGUUCACAAAGCGGGCAGAGAAGAAUUAGAAGGUGCUUUGUCCCUUCUAGAAAAGGUAUUAUGUCUUCUACCGGAACUGAUUGGUAAAAGAUGGCAGUUACACUCCCUGACACGAAUAUUUUCAAAACUGCUCCACAGUGGAAAUUCACAGAAACUAAGAGCGGAAGCCAUACGCUAUUUCUUGCUAUGGUAUCAAGCUCUAGGCGACAAUGCCACGGCAGAAGCUCACAGGAUGUUCGCGACCCUCGUGCCAGGUUUACCAGACACCUGUAUACAAUCCAUAGGCUCGCCGUUUAAACCCAAACCUUUCGACGUCGUCACCAACAUAUCCAGCGACACGGGUGACUUUAAAAUGGAGGACAUAAUGCAUCAUCCAAAUUUCAACACAACAGCCGACAGCGUCAAGAAGGUCGUGGUGGAACAAACGCCAACUGGUAUUAUGGGGAAGUUGGCGAAUGUAUCGGCCUCCAUCUUCCAUGAUACCAACGCUCUAAAUCCUGUCCAAAGCGUCGACAUCCAACCAUUAUUAACAGCGAACGCCAACGAAAAAAUCGUGGACAAUGAAACUAAGUACUUUUUCGAAAUACUACUAGAUGGGAUGGCAACAUCCGUCACCAAAAUACACUGGAAGGACCGAUCCCACGCGAAGGCUAUGAGGUCGUUUGCUUUCCUAUUGGAGAAAUUUAAAAUAUACUACCUGCCUAUUAUUUGUCCUCAGUUCAACCACAAGAAUUCACUGUACAAACCGAAUCUAGAGCUCCCUGUCCAACACACUAUACUAGAAGAUGAUUUCGUACAUUGUCGUGUGAUACUCAUAAAAUGGGUGGCCAGUUACGCUCACUAUAUGAAGAAGCCUGGCAGUGAAGGUGGCCAACCCUCUUCUAUGACCAGUACCAGUUCCCAUCAGCCUCACUCAGGGACCCCAACCCCCGCCGCGUCACUACAUCACGAGGAAGAGACCUCUUUCACUGUGGGACACCCCUCUGACUCUAGCAGAGCGUCCUCUCACGAUUCCACUUCUAUAACACCGCAUCCGAGUCUGGAAUCAGGUGGCGCUGAAGAGCUGGUCUCCGAGGCGGCAGUUCGUGAUGUACUGUGUUGUUGGUCCCGUGAACAUGUGGACUUCACCGUGGAGGUGCUCCGUCAAGGCUUCCUUCUGCCGUUCAGCCACGCACCAGCUAUAAGGAGAGUCAUCGCUCUUUAUAAGGACUGGAUUCAAAUGAAUGUGGCAGAAAUUCCUCCGUUCCUAAUGGAAAGUACACUAGAGCCGUCAGGAGAGCCCCUCGCUCCUCCGAGGCGUCUUCGGAAUGAUUCUUAUCUGGGAGCCGUCGGGAGAGACAACGUUAUGGUCCGAGCUGGCAUGCAGAACGUUCUGCAGGUGUUCAUGACGCAAGCAGCGAACGUGUUCGUGGGCGGGUCCGGCGGCCCGGGGGCGGAGCCUCACCUGCUGGACGAACAGACGGACACCUGCAAGCGGGUCCUCAACAUAUACAGAUACAUGGUCAUGCAUAUAGCCAUGGACGCCAGCUCAUGGGAACAGUUACUGCUGGUGUUGCUACAAAUAACGUCCUUGGUGUUGACGAAGGUUCCACCAAAGAGUAAAGGUUACACGCUAGGUGGAUCUUUGGCCCCGGCGUUGUUCCAGACUUUGAUAGUGACCUGGAUUAAAGCCAACCUGAACGUAGCUGUGAGGUCUGAACUGUGGCAGGACUUCAUGGAGCUCCUCACGAGACUGACUCACUGGGAGGACCUCAUUAAGGAGUGGGCGAAAACUAUGGAGACCCUGACGCGCGUGCUGGCGCGACACGUGUACUCGCUAGAGCUGUCAGAAGCGACGGCCGAGGGUCGAGGUCGCGGCCGGCGCCCCGUGCCCGCGCCGGCGCCCUGCAGGCCGCAGCCCCUGCGACCGCCCGCACGGAACGCAGGCAAGUCCCGGAUGUCUGGCGAGUCGUCCCGAAAAGAAGUCGCCCGACGACUGGCGCGAGCAAGAAGCGAUCCGCAUCUCAACAGACAUACAGACGACACCAAAGAUUCAUCAAGCGUCAAGCCGAGGCGCUGGUAUUCGCUGGACUCGCUGAGGCAAUCUUCACAACAAGAGGAGAGAGAUUCCGCCAGCGGUUCAAGGUCGCCCUCACCGGCGCCCUCCAGCGGCGUAGAGAGCAGCUCCAUCAAAGAUUCACCUCUACAGAUAGAUCUGGCAUCAGACGGGGGAAAUGUUGAAUGGUCGGAGACCGACUCGAACGCGGGCGGGUUGAUGGGCGUGGGCGCUUCGUGUGGGAUGAGCGCGGUCUGUUCGUCCGGCGUGGGCGCUCCGUCGGGCGUGGGCGUGGUGCUGGGCGGCACGGCUCGCGGCUGGUUGCCGGACGUCGCCUGCGUGCUGUGGCGACGCAUGUUGGCGGCGCUGGGAGACCCCAACGCUCUCAGAGACCCUCAAGCCCAUCACAACCUGUUCAAGUACCUUGUACAUUUGAAUGCGACCUUGAUCAAGAUAAGUCAGAAUCAAACUCUCAAUGGCAACACGGAGAUCCACGUGCCCUUCAACCUGGUGGCGGGCUGGUGUCUCGAGGCGGAGGCGCUUCCCCCAUCACACAGGGCUGGUAAAUUGGUGGCACUGCGUUUGCUCUGCGAGUCGACGGCUGCGCAGGCGCAGGGCCCGGGAGCUCCCACCAGCUGCUCCGGCAGACCACACCUCGCUCACCUACAACUGUACCAGCGAGCACUACAUCACGGUCUAACAGGCGAAGACCGGUCUGUAGUGGAUGUCCUCGUGGAGCACGCGGCUCCCCGCUACCUCUCGCUAGCCCUGGAUGGAUACUCGCUGCUGCUCCUGGAUUUCGUUCACGCAUCAACAGUCGUGCUGAACUCCUCUGACAUGGGACCCUCGUGUCCUCGCACCGCUGCCGUCACGUUCCUGGGGUCUCUGCUAGCGUUACCCGACGAGCUGAUGAACGCUCCCAUGCUGCAGCCCUACCCCCAUCAGUAUAACACAGUCUCAUGUCCUGACUUGAAGGAACACGUGCUGAACAUAGUGGUUCGCGUGUGUCGCCGCGAGGGGUCGGCGGCGGCGCGGUGUGCCGGCGCAUGCGCCCUGGCGGCCCACGUGGCGCACCUCCUGGCUGAGAGGGCGGAGGCUCCGCGGCUACCCUCAUACGUGACCUGCUUGCUACAGAUGCUCAUGAUGAAGAAUAAGACUAUAGCUAAGGUUGUCAGCGAUGCUGUGCUGGUGCUGGCUGAUUACACCGACCGGAUAGUUGAGUUAUAUCCGGGGCUAGUAGAGAAGAUAAUAAAGUGGAUAUGCGCGUGUCUGGCGCAAAUCUCCAGUGUCAGUGGGCGGGAGUCGGUGAAGCCGUUGGCGGGGUCCCUGCUGCUGUGUCUGGCGGAGUACGCGGUGCGCUGCGGACCAGCCCGCCUGCUGGCGCACCGCGAGGACGGAGGCUCGCUGCUGCUGCUUGUGUUCAAGGUGUUGUACGCUGUCAUGAAGGGUGCCAACGGGACAGACAUCGAGAUCCUCUCGCUGCCGGUCGAUGAAGACUUCGACCCGAACGUUCAGUUUGACAACCUGUCCCCCAAGAACACUCCCGCCUCCACCAUCGAUGUCAAGCUUUGGGCACAAACUAUCUGCAGUCAGCUGGUCCUGUACCUUGGUCAGUGGCCGUUGUGGAGUGGUUGUCAGACGUCGUCCAGUGUGUGCGAACAACACGACAGCCCGUCCCUGGGCCCGGAGCUGGGCGCGGCCGUGCUCCGCGCUCCUCACGUCCAACUCAUGAGAUUUAGUGACUCGACGCUGGCCAGCCUCAUUGAACUCCCCGCCAUGGACUUACCAUGUAGUGGUACUGCACCUGGUUUAGCAACUUCCGACCGUCAAGUGCGCGUGUUGCUGCGAGAUAUAUGCGGCAAGGCGUGUUGGGACGCCUCCGCCCUCCACUACGACCCGACAGUCGCCGGAGCGGAACAACCUCAGCAGAUACCAGUUCCGAAGACCGUCGAGAGUCCGAGGGAUAACACGCUGUCGUCUCUCCCUCCGCCGCUGCCGCCUGAUCUGCUCCCCGACUACAAGAACUCGCCGCCCGACAAGCACCAGUUGGAUCAUGUGUUAGCGUACAUUGGUCACACGUCUCCCGAGGUGACGUGUGGUCGUCGUCUGGACGAGGUGGGUGCUUCACCCCUCCCGCCCGGUGUAGAGGACGAGCUGGUCUGCGCUCUCGUCGCCCAUCGCAAUGCUGAGAGGAAUUACCUCGCCAAUAGAGAUAGUGAUGAAGAAUGUGAGCCAGAGCCCGACGGGGUCCGCGGGGGCGGAGCCUCGGGCUCGUUCGAACAGUGUCGCCUGCUACUGGCUCAGCUCGGGACACUCGGGGCAUCGAGACGCCCCCACGCUCACCUCCUGAGGAGAUCCGACAGACUCCUGAGGGAACUACGAAACCUUGACGCACAAAGAUGCCGUGAGACCCACAAAGUGGCUGUCAUCUACGUGGGCAAGGGCCAGGAAACUAGGAACGAGAUAUUAUCUAACAGAUGCGGCAGCCCGGCCUACGAAGCCUUCCUGGCUGCUUUGGCGUGGGAGGUGGAACUGGAGAGUCACGUGGGUUUCACGGGUGGUCUGAGGGGCGGCGGCGGCGGCGGUGUGAGCGCCCCCUACAUCGCCACACUCACGCUAGAGGCGCUGUUCCACGUCGCCACACGAAUGCCGGCGGACACACCCGACGCUAUCCUCAACAAGACCCGCCACCUCGGUAACGACGAGGUGCACGUCGUGUGGAGCGAGCACUGGCGGACCUACCGCCGCGACACGCUGCCCACGCAGUUCUGUGACGUGCUGAUAGUGUUGUACCCGCUGCCGGCAGGCCUGCUGAGGUGUACCGUCUCCAGGAAACCAGACGUUGCCGUGUUUGGUCCUCUGUGGGAGGAGUGUGUGAUCCGUCUGUCGUGUGCGGCGUCCCUGGUCCGGGGAGCGGCGUGGGCGGGUGGCCGCGCUGUCCGGGCUACGAUGCCGCUCUACCAGCACGCGUGCUCUGAAAGACGCCGCGCCCUGGACGCCCUCGUCCAGGACCACACGCAACCCACCAGCUUCGAGGGGUUCGUGGCGCGACUCAUGGACCCCGUGCCCACGGAGAAACACGCGCUACAGAACGAUCACAACGGCGCCCGGCUGGCUAACGCUCUGAUCGACCACGGGGCGAGUUCUUGGGCGAGUGGGGAGCCGCACUCGGUGUCGCCGCGACCCACCAAGAGACUGGGGCCGUUCAAGAGACCACAAAACCCUACAACCACGCCCAUACCAGGUCUCAACAGACACAACCGGUAGAGAGCUUCCCACACACAUGGAAAAAUAACUUAUCCGUAUAGUUCGAGCUUCAAUCAAAACAUUAUUUUGCGCAAAAAUGUAAAAAAUACAGAGGACUGCUUCGAACUAUACAAUAAUAUAAUAUCUUUUUACACUAGCCCAUUUAGUAACCUACUCUAGAACACCGUUACUUAAGUACUGAUGUAUGGAAGAAUUGCAACAUUUAAUGUUACGAAAACUACAGUUCAGAACUCCCCUCAACACACGAAAGGUGGAUUUUAUUAGACAAAUUAACAAAAUCGUCCGCACGAGAUUAGCUAACGUUAUAUGGACUUAACGAAACCGUGUACUUAAUAAUUUAUUAAUAACUAAGAUAUUUUAUAGUUUUACGCAUUUAAAUAUUUAACAUAUUAUAGUUUUAAUAACUUUCGAUGUAUAUUUUUUUAACAAGCCAAAUAUCGAUCGAUGAUUUCUCGGAUCAUCUUUCACAAUAUGGUAUUAUUGAAAAUCAAUAAGGAAUAAUAAAUUUUUAUUCUCUGACCAUUAAAUACCUAACUGGUACACUCCGCGUGAUAUUUAAAAUAUCAGUGACCUUGUAAACAGAACAGAUGCGAUCGUUUAAUUUCAAAUCUAUUGCCAGUGUAUGUAAUAUAAAUCUUUCCCAAAAAAACUUAAUAUUUAAGAAAUAUUCUGUAUUGUGUGGCUUAAUUAAAAAGGACUAUACAUUUCGUGAACACAAAAAAUAUCAGCGCUUACAAUUAAUAAAUUCUGUAUACAAUCAGAAAUAAGCCUAUAAUUCCACAGCUGUAGCAUAUUAUUUUUAUUUAUACAUAUAUAAUACUAGGAACGCUUUAAGGCAUAUUGUGACAGAUGUUCUCUGGCGAUGUUUUAUUGCCAUUGCACUGAAUCGUGUACAUAUGUAAACUACUUGUAGAGCUUUAACUGUUGUAGACUAAUAAUUUAUUUGUGUUAUAGAUACGGCUCCAAUGUGUUAGGAGCCUUAUAUUGGAUCAACAUAACUUUAUCGUUACAUACUUAACUAAUGUAUUACAACUGAGAUGUAUAUUAUAUGUGGCCACUUUUAUUAUUAUUACGUUUAAUGUCUUGAAAAACUUUUUUUAGAAUGUUGUGUUUACGCAAUUACUUAUAGAUAGAUACUCCUUGCACCAUUUACCUCUUAUAUUAUAUUUUUAUUUAUUGUCUAGUUUUUAUUUUACACAAUAUUAGGUAUUAUAUGUAAUAAUAAAAUAUAAUUUUAGGCAGUAAUUUUGUUUAUUGUUAAGAUAGAAUUAUUUAAAAGAUGAGAUUGAUCUGUUAUGAGAAUUUUUUGUUUACUAUAAAAAAUAAUAAUACAAUAAAUAUAUUAUAUUAUUGGUGCUACGAGGAUAUUGGUAAUAACAUUCCCAAAUUUAAAGAUCUUACAUAAUAAAUUAAAUAGUUUGAAAAUAAAGUUAUGGCAUUAUGAUGUCAGACCUUCACUCGCAGAAAUUGUAAAGUAGGUUUUUUUUUCAAUAGCGCAUAUGAAUAGACAAAUAUAAUAUAAAUAACACUUCUUAUCAAUAAGCCGUAGUGCAGUGCCGGCCCAAUAUUAUAAAAUGCAUGACUUUGUAGCUACAUUAUGCAUUCCACGAAAAAUGUUCUCGCUUGUAUCGUUUAUCAGUACAUAGAAAUUGUUGAAAUUUGUAUGUAUCCCUUCAGUAUUUUAUAUAGAUAUUAAGACUGACAAAGUAUAUUGUAAAAAGUAUUGAAACUUAUUUUAUAAUUGGUGGUAUUCAAAGUCUGAAAAAUUUUUUAUUUUCUCCUGAAUCAAAUGUAUGAGUAAUGCUUUUCCAGAAUGCUAAUGUCCCAAAUUUACCCACAGAUUAGUGUCACCGAAAGUUUAUACAUAAACACAUUGUAAAAAUAAAGUUCUGUUAAAUUUUA